AUGAGUAAGCCCAGUUACUAUGGGCUUACAGAGUAUUUCCUCCUAUUCCUAGAGGUGACAAGUGAUAUGCUGACCAGCCUGCCGGGGCCCAAUGUUACCCUGACCUGCCCAGGUGUGGAACCAGGAGACAAUGCCACCGUUCACUGGUUGCUCAGGAAUCAGGUUAUUGGUUCAGACCACAGCAGAUGGACCAACAUGGGGAGGAAGCUGCUUCUGAAGUCAGUGCAGCUAAGUGACUCUGGAAACUAUUCCUGCUACCGGGAUGGCAGCCCAGCUGGGACCGUGCCCCUGCUGGUGGAGGUUCCUCCUGAGGUGUCCCAGCUCUCCUGCUUCCAGAAGAGCCCUAUCAGCAGUGUUUGGUGUGAAUGGAGUCCUCACAGCACCCCCUCCCCCACGACCAAGGCCAUGUUGGUGGUGAGGAAGUUCAGUCAGAAAAAAUUGGAAGACUUCCAGGAGCCAUGCCAGUAUUCCCAGGAAUGGCAGAAGUUCUCCUGCCAGUUGAAGGUUCCAGAGGGAGACGGUUCUUUGUACAUGGUGUCCCUGUGCGUUGCCAACAGUGUCGGCAGGAAUUUCAGCAGAAUCCAAACAUUUAAGGGUUUAAGUAUCCUGCAGCCUGACCCGCCCGUCAACAUCACAGUCACCACCGUGGUCAGAAAACCCCACCGGCUCAGUGUCACCUGGCAUGCUCCCCCUUCCUGGAACUCUAACUACUACCAGUUACAGUUUGAGCUCCGAUAUCGGGCAGAAGUGUCAAAGACAUUCACAACGGAGAUCGUCAAGGAGUACCAGAACCGCUUUGUCAUCUACGAUGCCUGGAGGGGCAUGAGGCAUGUGGUCCAGAUUCGGGCUCAGGAGGAGUUUGGGCACGGCUUGUGGAGCGAGUGGAGCCAGGAGGUCACAGGCACCCCUUGGAUAGAUUCCAAGACUCCUAGAACUCAGACCGAGGUGACCUCCUCCACUCAGUUACAAGAUUCUUCUUCAGAACCACUGCCCAUAUUCCUGGUGGCUGGAGGAAGUCUGGCCUUUGCAACACUCCUCUGCGUUGUCAUUGUGCUGAGGUUCAGGAAGACGUUGAAGCUGAGAGCUCUGAAGGAAGGCAAGAUGAGCAUGCAUCCACCAUAUACCUUGGGUCAAUUGGUUCCUGAGAGGCCCAAGCCCACGCCAGUCCUUGUUCCUCUCAUCUCACCGCCAGUGUCCCCCAGCAGCCUUGAGUCUGAUAAUACCUUGGGCCACAGCCGACCAGAUGCCAGGGACCCACAGAGCUCUUACGACAUAAGCAAUAGAGACUAUUUCUUCCCCAGAUAA